UUCAUCUGCUUUAAAAACUCGCGAUAUAGAAAAAGUAAUCUUUGGUGGUGAUAUUUUGAUUUCCGAAGAUGGAGACCAAUGUACUGCAGGUUUCUGGGUGCGUCAAGAUAAUUUUACUUACUUAGUAACUGCAGGGCAUUGCGCACUAAAUAACACUCAUACUCCUGAUGGAAAUGUUAGAUUUUAUCAUGACACAAAUCCUCCCUAUUUUGUUGGAGAAAUGACAUAUUAUAAAUAUCAAGAAGUUGAUUAUGGCUUUAUUUUGGUUGAUAAUCCUGAAAUCUUAGUGAUUCCAAAUAUAAAAAAUGUUCGUAAUGAUACUUGUAGAGAAUUAUUUAUUAUUGGUACUGUAGAUAUAGAUACCAUAAAUUCUCAUAUAUGUAUCGCUGGUGCAUUCUCGUACGUAUCUUGUGGCAAGGUAAUAGCUAUAAAUACGGUCGUAGGAAUUAGAGGUUUUGGAAAUUUUGAAGGCGUUAUCGUAACAGAUAUCGUGAGCGAUAUUGGUGAUAGCGGUGGUCCUGCAUUCCAGUUUAAAGAUAGAUUCCCUCGAUUCGUUUAUUUGGCUGGUAUGCUUAUAGCCGGUGAUAAUAAUUAUUCUACCAUUGAACCACUAAACAAGAUUUUAGAUGAUGAUAUGAUUCCUGUUAGAUACAACCCUAUUUUAUUUGAUUUUGAUACACCUCCGUAG